CCUAUUUAUUGUUUCAGCAAAAGGGAGUGAAAAACUACACCCGCAAAGAGGCUGCGCGCCCUUGGAAAUUGUUUAUCUAAAAGUGUUUCUGGGUUUUAUGCUUCUGUUUACACGAAGAGGUAAAAGUGGCAAAAUUGCAGAAUAGGGACCUUACUUUCUAGGGAUCCUUCCUAAAGGAACCAUGGAUUAUAUAAGAAGAUACACUUUAAUUAAUGUCCUAGUCAGCGUUUUGAUAGUCAGCAGCUCCAGUCAUGCUCUUCUAGACACGUCCCUGGAGGAGAGCUUUAUAUUUACCCAUCAGUCAAGUUCUGAAGAUGAGAGCCAAAUGACCUCCUGUGAUUUUGAGACUCCUUGCUCCUGGACCUUCUCCAAUCACAGCAUUAGAAAUGACUGGAAGAUCGUGUCACCAGCACAGCAGUCACGCAGAUCCAGCACACAAGCAACGAGGCCCGUCAGUGAUCAUUCAGAGGGGAGCUCUGAUGGUCAUUUCCUGCUUUUGAGUCCGCCCACUGCAUCCAGGGUGUCUGGACAGUGUGAAUACCACAUCACUAGUCCAGUGGCUUACAGCAGUGGUCCACUGUGCCGUCUGCAGCUGGCCCGGUUUGAGUCAGGGCCCAGUGCUGGAAACCUCUCAGUCUCAGUGAAAGCCGUCAACUCGGCCUCCGUCCUCAGCACAACCGCUCUUAGGGCCAGAGCCAGGGGUGGCGCCAGUGCCCAGUGGGAGGUGCUGGAGGCGGUGAUUGGAGAGGUGGGAGAUCCGUUCCAAGUGGUCCUCCUAUACUCUACCUGCCUGGGGAGUGAUAGAGGCUAUCUGGCACUCGACUCUCUGGAGCUCGUAGGCUGUGACGUAGGUCACCAAAACCCAGAGUGUGACGAGAGCGCUUCUUUCCACUGUGACAUCGGAGGCUGCGUUGACAAGACCAGAGUGUGUGACUUACGCAGUGACUGCCCCCUAGGGGAGGACGAGGGAAUCAUCUGUGAUUCAAUGCCCUAUGGAGCCCUCUGUUCAUUUGAGCUUGGGACCUGUGGCUGGUCAACGUCCAAUGAGCUGCCCUCUUGGAAGAGAGUCACUGGGAAGGAACUGAGACACAGUGACCAAAUGCUGGGUUCAGCUCUGCAAAACACACAAGGACACUUCCUGUUCCUGGCCAUACGAGGAAAUAGCUCUAGUCAUGAAGCAUCUGCCCAAAGUUCCUCCUUCCCUCAACCAGUGUCUACCACAGCCUGUCUGUUGCAUUUCUCUCUGUACCUAUAUGGGGAGUUUAAUGGCACAGUGCUGCUGUCGCUAGAAGAGAAUGGCUCCACCAAGUCCCCCCUGGUGUGGGAGAGGUCUGGGCCGUGGAAGGACAACUGGCAGGAUGUCACUCUGCAGCUACCUGCCCUCCUUAAUGGGUUCCACCUGAAGGUGAAAGCCCUGUGGGGACCAGGCUCCAACGCGGACAUUGCUCUGGAUGACAUCGCCCUGGGGGCUGCAUGCUUUGAAACAGAUCUCAACUCCCUGCUGCUUGGACACAGAUUCUUCCAUGAAAUGGACUCCAUCAGUGAGCAAGAUUUCUUUGGCCCCCUCCCAGAGCCCUCUGCCUCAGACAUGUCCCUGAUGACCUGGUGGUUCACCUCCUGCGGGGCCAGUGGCCCUCGGGGCCCCACCCAGGCCCAGUGUGACAGCUCGUACCGCAACACCAACGUGAGCGUCACCGUGGCCAAGGACGGUCCGUUGAAAGGAGUGCAGACCUGGAGGGUUCCAGCUACCAACAGAUACAUGAUCUCAGCCUAUGGAGCAGCAGGUGGCAAAGGUGCGAAGAACAACAACAAGCGCUCCCAUGGUGUCUUCAUCUCUGCCAUCUUCCCUCUGGAGAAGGGAGAGGUCCUGUACAUUCUGGUGGGACAGCAAGGGGAGGAUGCCUGUCCAGGGCGAAAUCCCCUGACACAGAAGAUCUGUCUAGGGGAAUCUUCCGUGAUUGAAGACGAGUUAACUGGGGAGGAGUGGGCGGGAGGUGGAGGGGGCGGUGGUGGCGCUACCUACAUCUUCAAGCCGGACCCUAACUGGAGGUUGAAGUGCUACUUUGCUCCUAUUCUGUCUGACCUGUGCCAGAUGGACGGCGGGGAGCCAGUUCCUCUUCUGAUAGCCGCUGGUGGUGGAGGGAAGGCCUACCUGGAGGACCCAGAGAGCAGCCUGGAUCAGAUCCCCCUGGAGCAGUAUGAGAACAACACGGUGGCCUCCAGCUCCAACGGCAGGACAGGAGCUGCAGGCGGAGGUGGAGGCUGGAAGGACAUAUCCAGCCUCCCGUGGGCAGGGAAGUCUCUCCUGGAGGGAGCUGAGGGAGGUUCCUCCUGCCCCCAGGCCUUAUCCAAGCUGUCCUGGGUCACCUUUGGAGGGUUUGGCGGAGGGGGGGGUGCCUGCACGGCUGGUGGAGGAGGUGGCGGAUACAGGGGAGGUGAUGCGGCACUGACCGAUGACAUCACAGCGGGUGGUCAGGAUGGCAUCUCCUUCAUUCAUCCCAUGGGGGAGAUAUUUCUCCAGCCACUGGCAGCCAUGGAGAGCCAUGGAGAUUGUGAGAUCAAAGUGCAGCUCAACUGCAGCCACUGUCAGACCCAGAGCUGCAAGCGGGAUGAGGACACUCGACUCAUCCUCUGCCUGUGUCACGACGAGGAGGUCCUGGCCAGUGACAACGUCACCUGCACAGCAGCGCCCCAGGGCCUCGCCCCAGACAGCCAGCUGUCCCUGUCCGUUAUCCUGGCUGUGGUGGCGUCCACCGUGGUGAUGGCGGUUGUCCUGACCUGCGCCAGCCUCACCCUCAUAUACUACCGUAAGAAGAACCAACCGCACGCGGUUAGGCUACAUCUCCAGAGUCCAGAAUACAAGCUGAGUAAGAUCCGGUCAUCAACCAUCAUGACAGACUACAAUCCCAACUACUGCUUUGCUGGCAAGGCUGCUUCCCUGAGCGAGCUGAAGGAAGUACCACGCAAGAAUAUUACCCUUCUAAGAGCGUUGGGCCACGGAGCGUUUGGGGAGGUGUAUGAAGGCCAAGUUUUGGGGAUGAAUGGAGAGAACACAGCCAUGCAAGUGGCCAUAAAGACUCUACCGGAGAUCUGCUCCGAACAGGACGAGAUGGAUUUCCUGAUGGAAGCCCUGAUUAUGAGUAAGUUCAGCCAUCAGAAUAUAGUGCGCUGCAUCGGGGUGAGCCUGCAGAUUCUCCCUCGGUUCAUCCUCCUGGAGCUGAUGACUGGAGGAGAUAUGAAGAGCUUCCUGAGACAGAACCGACCCAAAACGAGUCAGAGCUCGUCCCUCACCAUGCUAGAGCUGUUACACAUGGCCAGAGACAUAGCUUUUGGCUGUCGCUACCUGGAGGAAAACCACUUCAUCCACCGAGACAUAGCUGCCAGGAACUGUCUGCUAACCUGCCCUGGGCCAGACAGAGUGGCAAAAAUAGGAGACUUUGGAAUGGCCCGUGAUAUAUACAGGGCCAGCUACUACAGGAAGGGUGGCCGAGCCAUGCUGCCAGUCAAGUGGAUGCCCCCCGAGGCCUUCAUGGAGGGCAUAUUCACCUGCAAGACUGACACCUGGUCGUUUGGGGUACUGCUCUGGGAGAUUUUCUCCCUGGGCUACAUGCCUUACCCUUGCAUGACCAACCAGGAGGUUCUGGAGUUUGUGACGAGUGGCGGAAGAAUGGACCCCCCUAAAAGCUGCCCCGGCCCUGUUUACAGGAUCAUGACUCAGUGCUGGCAGCACUGCCCUGAACACAGACCAAACUUCUCCACGAUCCUGGAGAGGAUCAACUACUGUACUCAGGACCCUGAUGUGAUCAACACGCCUCUGCCUGUGGAGUACGGGCCCACCGUGGAGGAGGACCUGAGCCGUGUGAUCCGCCCCGAGACGUCAGGCAGUCUGAGCCCUCUGCUGGCGGCCUCCCCAGACGUCUGUCUGCAGCUCAGCAGCGUGGGUUUGGGCCUCAGCCUGGGUCCCACCCCGCUCCCCCAGCCCCACAAGCCCCGUUUGCUGCUGCAGAGGCCCCAGCAGCUGCCUCAGGAGGUGGCCUCCUACCGGGAGGCCCUGGAACCCUCCUGGGCCGAGUCUGUCCCCGCACCGGUUCCAGGGUCCUGCCCUGGGGCUUGGCUCCACCCCGAGCCCCUCCACCGGCCCUGCUCCAGGAACAGCUCCCUCUCAGGCAGCCAGAGGCUCAAAAACAAGACCAAGAACCUGUGGAACCCCACCUACGGUUCCUGGGUGCUGGAGAGCUUUGGCCGGGGGAAGACGGCCCUGUCUCACACCCAGUCGAUGCCCCUGUCGACGGGGUGCCAGGCCCCCCAGGCCGCCCCCACAACCCCCGAGGGCACUGAGUCCGGCGGCAUGGCCUCCUUGUCCCCCUCCCCGUCCCGCCAGCCCACGUCUUGUCCUCAGUCCCAUGGUGCAACUGGCCUCUCGUCUUCCCGGAAGGACCCACACGGGGGUGCCGGCGGGGGCCUGAGCGUGGACCUGGCUAAGCUGCAGAGCUUCCCCUGUGGCAACGUCAACUAUGCCUACGACGAGCAGAGCGGCGAGUCCCAGAGCCCGCCACCGGUGGUGCCCAAGGCCCCGGAGUCUAGCGCCAACGCCCGCCGUGCCCCCGGGGCGUCCGUCCCCGGCGCGGGCCUCGGCGGUCCUUCCCCCGGUAUGCCCAAGCUGCUACUCAAGCGCCACGCCAGCUACGGGCACGAAGACGUCAGGAGGCACGCCAAACCCGAGAACUCCAUCCGGGACCGAGACUCUGGCUUCUCCCUGUCCGAGGACCUCAGUGUCACACCCGUCUAAAACUGGAACGGGGCCCACACCUCACGCGCACAGCAACCAUUUUGACCAAAUCGUUCUCAUUCAUUUACGUUGCUCCAUUCAUUUGUUCUGGUACUAGUUUUCAUAAUAUGAGCGUUGUACUAAGUGUAGGUUAGAGAACUGUAUGAGACCGUAGCAAGAAAACCCACCAGUUAACGGACAGAAGACAAGGUGGCAUGUUCCUUUCCUGAAGGUGGAUUAUGGUACAGCCCGUGAAGGACGUCACCAGCACAGAAGCACAUCCAGGCCUUGGAGGAUUUCCAUUCAAAUGUGGUGUCUCGUCUGCCUCGGAGACCCAUUCUCUUUUUCUCCCCCUCUGUCUGUACAGUUAACGUUUAGGUUUACACUGGAAUGAAUGACUAGAAUUUACUGCUAAGUCAAUACUGUGAAAAACGCAUUGGAAGUUCUGGUUACCUGUGCAGUUUUAGGUAAGGCGGAGAGGAUAUCUGUGGUGUUCACAGGAUACGGCGUACAUGCGGUAAUGUGACCUUGAGAUAACAACAAUGACUUGUGCCACCUACUGUUCUCUUUUAAGCAAAAGUGAAUAUAUUGUCGUCAUUGGGAUUUCGUAGAUAGCAUUCACAUUUAGUAAAACCCCCACAUAUUUUCCUUUUUACUGUAUUAUACACAUUGUCUACUAAUACUUUACCCUCUCUGUGUGAAUUUAAUGUUAGUGACUAGCUUCACUUUUUACUGAAGAGAUUUCUAGAGAAACCAAGAGAAAAAAACUGCAUUAGUGGGGACUCCUCAGUAAGUUGUCCAUCUGGUUCCUCCACAGAUGCUAUCACUACUGAAUUUCCCCUUUUUGCCACACCAAAAUGUUGUGACAUUGGAAUUCCUUAAAUAGUACUAACUAAUUACAGUUGUAGCAGUAACAAUUCCAUUGUAGUGUUUUUUUUAAAUCCCAGAUUUAAAAAAAGUAGUCAUGCAGAUGACUCAUGUAUAUGUAUGUGUUUAUUAUGUAACUUGUAGUUGUAGUUGAUCACUGCCAUUAGGUCUGCUGGAGUGCUUGCAGGAUUGGGACGUAGUACUCCACAGUACCUCAUAAAUUCAGCAGGGGGCAGAGUUCUCACAUGAAAUACCAAACGGUUACAGCUUGUAUUUCACUUGAGGCCUUGGCUGUCGUUUACUUUUUAUUUACCAGUAUUCGUGACGAGAGAACAUUUUUAUUUUCAUGAGCUGUUGUUGAAGCACUAUGGUCGGUGAUGUUCAUUUUACAUGGUGAAUUACACUGAAAUGAAGCUUGUUUUACUGCAUACAGUAGGUAAGGAUAGUGUUCCAUUGUUCAGUUAUGCACUUUGUAGCCAAGUCAAAGUCUACCGACAAGUCCUGUCAGGCUCUAGGCACCUAUAUUGUUUUUUGCUUUAACCUAAAUACUAUUUUUAUUUUGUACUUUAUUUCAUAUAUUUUCUUGUGUAUUGUGUCAUGCCAUCGCGUCAAUAAACCUCUUGGGUUUCGGGUUCGUAGUCUUGUGCCUCUACACACAGAAGAACAAAUGUUAGAAACUCUAUGCAAUAUGUUUGUUUGUGUAUACUCCAAAUAAAUGAAGAAAUAUUUCUGUC